AUCACAGACAUUUUCUGCAAUCCGAACGCUAUGGAAGUCGGACUUUUACCUUGAUACUUGACAUCUAGCUUCAUGCAUCCACGAAACCCGUACAGCUCCCCACCCGACUUCCAAAAACUCGCAGAGGCAUACCCGUCUCUCCAGCCACACUUGGUGAAGACAAAGAACGAGGAUGUUACGAUUGACUUCCAGGAUGAAUCUUCGCAGAGGUAUGACUCGUCAGAUCGACUGCGGUUGUUGUAUGUGCUUUGAAUGUUUUUUUUCUUGAUGCAGCGUAGGCGUCUCACGGAAGCACUUUUAUAUCGGGACUUUAAUCUAGUAGUCACUAUACCCCAGGAUAGAUUGUGUCCUACGGUACCCAAUCGACUUAACUAUAUCCUUUGGCUCGAGGACCUCCUAACCUCGACGGCCCCACCGCAGAUUACCUCUAGCGGUAACGGCCCCAUUUCAAGCAGACAGAUGAGUUGUCGAGGGAUUGACAUUGGACUAGGCGCUUCAGCGAUCUACCCACUUCUAGCAUGCCGAAUCUCAUCAAACUGGACGAUGGUUGGGACAGAUAUUGACGCAAUGUCGCUGCAGUCAGCAGAAAGGAAUAUAGCGAAAAGUAAUCUCACCUCUCGUAUCUCGAUUAUCAAGUCACAAACGACCGCAGGAGCCACGAUAUUCCCGUCUCAACUGAGCGACUUUCGAGAAUCCUGCUUCGAUUUCACAAUGUGUAACCCUCCGUUCUACAGCUCAAAGGUCGACGUUUCACGGUCCGCCCAGGGUAAAUCCACGGGGCCAAAUGCUGUGUGUACCGGAGCAGACGUGGAGAUGAUCACCCAUGGUGGUGAGGCAGCAUUUGUGCGCAGGAUGGUCCAAGAGUCGUUCCUGCUUCGCGACAGAUGUCGGUGGUAUACUUCCAUGCUCGGAAAGCUGAGUUCUCUGGCAGAGAUCGUUGAAGCACUGAGGGAGAAUAAGAUCGAUAACUACGCCAUUACUGAGUUCGUUCAAGGUCAGACUCGUCGUUGGGCCAUUGCUUGGUCAUUCGGGGAGCUGAGAGCUCCUGAUACAAUCUCUCGCAUCUCGAACCCCACGGUGCAGAACCUCAUGCCCUCGAGGACUACUCUGUAUCAGUCCCUCUACCCUCCAACUCCUUCUAGCGAGUCAGUCAUUGCCUUUUCGAGCACCAACCUUCGCGAUACUCUACAAGGGGUCAUCCGCUCUGUACCCGAACUCGAUUUCAAAGCAGGCUCCUUCGUCUCGUCAUCCGAUUCCCAUCCACCGACCAACCCUGUUCCAUCCACCUCUCCACCCGAAACAGUCUACUCAUCUAUACCCUCCUCAUCGGAACUUAUCCCACCCCCCAACAUCGCCACACUCUCAUCCGCAUCCACCUCAUCCGACGGCUACUUCCUCAUCUCAGCGCCCCGAAAUACCUGGUCUCGUGCUGCACGAAGAGCAGGCGCAAACUCGAGGAAGAGAAAGCGUGAUACCGCCGAGGAUACGCAGGAUGAUAUUAGUUCGAGAGAAGGUGGCGGUACUACGAAUGGGGGAAUACGGCCAUCGGGGAGUUCGAAUCCUCCGCUGGAGUCACCGAUACUCGGAUGUCGAGUUUUCUUGGUCGAUAAUACUGCCGCUUAUCGGUCUACGGCAUCCUCUUCGAAGAGCACGACCUCCAUAUCUCAAGAGGGGACUGCAUCUAAGCCUAACGUAGAAGGCCCAGCGGAACGCGUCACGGAAACCGAACAGAGUGUCAAGGUCGGGUUUGAGUGGGUAAAGGGGAGGGAUAGGGCGGUUUUCGAGGGGUUCGUGAACCACGUUGGGAGGAAAAUGAGGGACGCGGUUGCGGGUCGCGACUGCAAGACAGGUGGAUAGGGGCAGGAAAAUGUUGUGCCGGUCAGAUUUCCGAUUUGGCACCUUCAUUGUUCUAUCCCUGCCUUGUAUCCACUCUUGCAUGGUUUUAUGCGUAUACAAGAACAAUCAUCAUAAUGUCCGUCUCUUUCGUUGCCUGGCAUGCUAAACCGUGUUGCAUAUUGUCAAGGCACUGCGCAAUGUGACUUUACUCACCGUCCGACAACGCGAGGAAGAGCAGCAACUGGCACGCCGACCAGAAAAUUCGUCCUUGCAUAAGGCAAGACCAGCGUUCCGCUCCGGGAGGGACUGACGGGCAUAUCAGCGUGACUUGAGGUUGUCAAUUUGCGCUAGUAGUAUGUGGCGUGCGCGGGCACGGCAACAAUGCUAUAUCGCGCUUGGACCCGCUAUGUGAUAUGUGCACUGGCCUCCGGUCAGGUCUUUGGGGUGCAUGUUCCCGUCGUCUCACUCUCCGCUAUCUUCUUUAUGCGCUUAUAACGUCGGGAGGAGCAAGAUGUAGGGAUGAUUGAGACAUAGGCAGAGACACGGAUACGACAUCCUUAGUAACGGCCAAUGCGCCAGGGGCAUCGGUAAACAAUUUACAAAGCUACUAAGACUGAAGAGCGCCAAACAAACACUUUAUUCCUAAACUGGUAGCCCAUUGUUCGUGCCGUGACUAAACGCCUGCGCCGAGCUUGGCUGAUCCCG